UUAAAUUAAUAUUCGAUCUUAUGGAGGUGUAAGACAAGUUAAUUCUCGCAGCUAGACUUUCCACUUUCGUGACACAUCUCAAGUUGUAAGGACAGUACCUAAAAGUAUAUAUUAAGAUGUAUAUUUAAAGUUAGACAUGACAAACGGUUUCGUGUAUAUUUGUUAUCAGAGAUGGACACAAAUACAGUCAAAAACAUCUUGUUAUAAAUCAUAAAUACUUCCUCAUCAAAUGUAACAAAAUAAAAUACAAAACACUGGUGGUAGGAAAUGCAUUUAAUUAAAAUACAAAUAAUUUGAAAAUACAAAAUACAUAUAAAAUAGUAACAGUACACGACGAAUAUGUGUAUCGUUAAAGAAUUUCUUUUUAAUGUGUAAUGUUUAUAAAAUACUAAGCUUGCCGGCAACUUGCUGAACCUGCAGCAUGUCGCGGUUCUGUAUGGCGGUUUCGGUCUCGGUUUCAGAACCGCUCUUAUUUUAUGCCCAGUGUGUCCCACAGCAUUAGUGGCGAUGGCACACCAACACUUAAUUUGCAUGCAUGAAUAUCUUUCUGUGUCUUACAGUAGGGUGUCGAACAUGCACAAACACAAAGCGUUAACUCUUUUUCCAGAUGUACGCUCAAAAAAACGGAACCAUGCAUAUAUUCAACGUCAAGUUGGAUCUCCUUUUUACUAUACUAUAAAAACCUCAACGGUUAGUUGAUAGAAAUUUAUUUUCUCCUUAGGAACAAAAGUAGCUAGCCUGAUUUAUUGCUAAUAAAGUCUUCCAUAUAUGACAAACCGCAAGAUGCCACUGCAUGGCUGCGCAUGCCUGUUGAAAUUUACUAGAAUGUCACUAGCGGGCGACUACGUAGGCUACUUUAUUUUAAAGCAAUUUGCACGGAGUAUCAAAGCAGCUUCUUUCCUUGGAUAACCGCUCAUGGGAAACGAAGUUCGCAACGAAGUUCUACCCAAGACGGUUGAACAUCGCCGAAUAUAUGGGCCCAUCUGGCGCUCACGUUUUGGCCCUUUUGACAUCGUUAAUGUGGCAACCCCAGAGCUGAUAGCGCAGGUGAUCCGGCAGGAGGGCCAGUACCCAGUGCGGACCUUUCUGCCACACUGGCAGGAGUACCGUGACCUGCGGGGUCAAGCUUACGGACUUCAUGUUGAUAAAGGUCCUGAGUGGUAUCGCAUCCGCAGCGUCCUGAACCCCAAGAUGCUGAAGGUGAAGGAAGUAUCCGUGUACGCCCCAGUGAUUCACCAGGUUGUGGGUGACCUGCUACGACGUCUGGAACUGCUGCGCUUGAGGAGCCAUGACCAGGACACGGUUAGCGACCUUGCUGGAGAGCUCUACAGAUUUGGCUUUGAAGGCAUCUCCUCCAUCCUGUUCGAGACCCGACUCGGCUGUCUCCAGGAGGACAUUCCCCAGGACACGCAGCGCUUCAUAGCUGCAGUGGGUGAAAUGCUGGCACUCUCAGAAACAGUCCUCUUCUUCCCACGCUGGACUCGACGUUUUCUGCCCUAUUGGGCGCGCUUUGUUCAGGCCUGGGAUGACCUCUAUGACGUGGCACGCAAGCUAAUCAACAGAAAGGUGCAUGAGAUCAAUGCCAAGGUGGAAGAGGGGGAGCAGGUGGAGGGGAUGUACCUGACCUACCUGCUGUCCUCUGGCAAGCUGUCCCUGGCAGAGAUUUACAUUAGCAUCACAGAGCUGCUGCUGGGAGGGGUUGAUACGACCUCCAACACCCUGUCCUGGACACUGUACCACCUGGCCCGGGAUGAAGCAGCACAGGAGCGACUGUAUCAGGAAGUGUCUUCAGUGUGCCCAGAGCGGAGGUUACCCACGACAGAAGACCUGACCAGGAUGCCGUACCUGAAAGCUGUCAUCAAGGAGAUACUCAGGUUAUAUCCGGUGGUCCCGGGGAAUGGACGCCUAACAGUGGAUAAUGAAGUCGUCGUAGACACCUACUGGUUUCCCAAAAAGACUCAGUUCCACCUCUGUCAUUAUGCCGCAAGUCAUGAUGAGGGGGAGUUUCCCAACGCAGAGCAGUUUCUUCCUGAACGAUGGCUCAGGCAGGGAACAAACCGCUUCCCGCACCACCCCUACAGCUCCAUCCCAUUCGGGGUGGGAGUUCGUGCCUGUGUCGGAAAGCGUGUGGCCGAGCUGGAGAUGUACUUUGCUCUUUCCCGGCUGAUGCAGCAUUAUAUGGUUCAGCCAGAGAGCAGAAGCACGACUCUGGAACCCAAGACUCGAACACUCCUCAUCCCAUCUGGACCCAUCAACCUGCGCUUUCUCCCUCGAGCCUAAGGUGCAGGAGCAGUCAGAAUGGUGGAGAAUAUUUGUCAGAGCAGGAGAUUCAGCACAGAAGAACAUGAGAGCUCUCAGCAGCUGGGACUAGAGUGGUAGGAAUACUGAAAAGAACGCAACUCUUUUAGUGUGGAACGUUCAAACAAUUUUUCCAUUAAACAUUGAUAUAAUAUAUAUUUUAUAUAUUUUUAUAUGUUUCUACAUUCAUCUCUUACUUAAAUAUGUAAUCUUAUUAGAAUAUUAGAAAUACAGUGUUAGGCUAUUAUGUUUGUUGGGUUAGGUGUACUGUAUUAAAUCGCCUUAUGGUGCUUGUGCCUUACAAUAGGUUUAUCGGAACAUACUCCCGUUGUAAUUACCUUUAGUUAGCCGAUCUUGCCGAUCUUGCCACAGUCAUAUUAAAACUGCUGAACAAAAUAUACAACUUAUUGGACUGGUGUGCAUUAGCAAACUACCAAAAUGAUACAGCAUUGCUAUUACAAAAGUUCUGUUUUUUGCUACUGGAAGAGCCACAGAUGUUUUAUAUGACACUCUUUUAAUUAGUUACUUGUUAAUUAUACUUGUAAUCCUGUUGCUUCUUUUAAAAUCGUAUGGUAACUUGAGGUCAGAAUGUAACGUAAAACCGGUAUACUGUGUUUCACGAUGUAUUGUGCUUUUAUUUGCACUUUUUUUUUAAAGUUUUUUUUGUCUAAAAAUGAACAUUAUUGUCCUGCUAUAUUACCAUUUGUGAAAUGUGUAUUUUCUGCUUCCAAACCAUAUUGUAGUAUUGAAUAUUACAAAAUACCUAAAAGACUCAUACAUUUAUAUACAUGCAUAUUUAGCUUUUUUUCAAUUGCAAAUUCUUUUCCAUUGGUCAUAAAUUUUAUAUAAAACUUAAAAAAAAAAAAAAAAAACAAUCUCAAUUAAUAGCUACAACAGGAAGUACUAUUAGCUACUGAUGACUCCUAUAGCUAAUUUUUUGUUUGCUCCCCCAGCAAGUUACUAUAGCUCCUUUCUUUUUUAUGUUAGAUUAGAUUCAACUUUAUUGUUGUUACAUAAAGUACAAGCGUGCAAACAACAAAAUGCAGUUUUGGCAUCUAAUCCAAAAGUGCAAAAUAGAAGUCUAAAUAGUCUGGAGUGUUAGAAACCGUUGUAUAUAAUUGUAUGAUAAUUAAAUAUAGAGUUGGAAAGUUCAGGUCCAGAAAGUACAAAUCCAAAUCAAGGUUUUGUUCCAACCAACCAGUUGAGUACUCUGUGAAUGCAGCUAUAUAUGAUCAACUGUUUCGUUAAAACAAAAUUGUGGUCUGGAUUUUUACUUUCUGAACCUAAACUUUCCACCUCUGGUUAAAUAGAAUAACAUUUAUAAAGUGGUAUACAUGGUGUGCUAUAAAUAACAAGUAUAUACCGCAUUUUCAAGCAGCUGUGUAAAACCCUUCCCUCAAGACAUGACACACAUCUUUUUUGGUACAGAGCAUCACUCAUCUUGGAAUUUGACCCAUAAAUGUUGAUAAGCUUAACAGUUCCAACCACGAGUCAGACUAAGCACCAGCCUGUCUGUCUUCCACUGAUGCCUGCCAUCUUCACAGAACUGCUGAGCAGGUUUCACGCUCCGGAGAAUCUUCCGGCAGUUCCAUAGUCUGCAACUUUCAGAGAUUGUGGUAUACUAGAAAAAAAUAAAUAAAUCAUAAUUUUUCAUA